CUCCAACAGUGCUACAAGACACAGGCUUAGUUUUCACUCUGUCUUCCUCCUCCUGCGGCCCUGCUUGAAGCAAGACAACUCACCAAGACUUCCCGGAUCGUGCCGCUAGUCUUCAUCAAGCGCUGUGCACCAAACAAGCAUUAUGUUAUUACAAAAGAAGAAGAAAAUGACAACAAGCUAACUUGGUGAAUAACAGCUGGUCCUUUUAAAGUUUGGGACUAAACAAUGUACCAGUCAAGAUGGGGCAAACCCUGUGUAUAUGCUCCCGUGGCUCUAUCACCAUUGAUAACAAAAAAUAUUACUUUGUCCAGAAGCUAGACGAAGGUGGCUUCAGUUAUGUUGAUCUGGUAGAGGGUGCAAAGGAUGGGCACUUCUAUGCCCUGAAGAGGAUCUUGUGUCAUGACCGUGAAGGCCGCCAGGAGGCUCAAACAGAGGUGGAAAUGCAUCAGAUGUUUAGUCAUCCCAACAUCUUAAACCUGGUUGCAUACGCUUUUGUUGAUCAUGGAGGCAAGACUGAAGCAUGGCUACUUUUGCCUUACAUAACAAAAGGAAGUCUCUGGUCUGUCCUGGAGAAGCUGAGGGACAAGGGGAGCUCAAUGCCUGAAAAACAGAUUUUGCAAAUCUUCCGUGGAAUUUGUUCUGGAUUGAAGGCGAUUCACGAAAAAGGCUAUGCGCACAGAGAUCUGAAACCAACAAAUGUGCUUCUGGAUGAGGGUGACAGGCCAGUUCUGAUGGAUUUGGGCUCAAUGAACCGUGCAAGAAUUGAGGUUAGAGGAUCCAGAGAAGCCAUGACCAUACAGGACUGGGCAGCCCAGCGGUGCACCAUUUCUUACAGAGCUCCUGAGCUCUUCAAUGUUGAGAGCCACUGCAUUAUAGAUGAGCGCACUGAUAUCUGGUCACUUGGCUGUGUGUUAUACUGCAUGAUGAUGUUGGAGGGACCAUAUGAUCUUGUAUUUCAGAAGGGGGACAGUGUUGCCUUGGCUGUCCAGAAUCCAGUAACCAUCCCACCAUCUUGCAGAUACUCAGAGGGCCUGCAGACGCUGCUGAGCUCUAUAAUGGUCUCAAAUCCCCAGGAGAGACCAAACAUAAACUGGGUUCUUGACCAGGUACAGGACCUGCAGAGUCGCAGCCCAAACACGCAAACUAACAUGGUCUGAUCCUGCGAAGUGCAUUCCAUGCAGAGCCAUGAACACCUUUUGCACAAUGAGCAUCUCUCAAUUCCAGCUAUAUUUUUAUUUAUUGAAUUUAUUCUAAAAAUCCAUGAUCUGAUUUUCACUCAUACUGGCACGCUUCAUAAGUGUAGGUGCUUUUAGUUUUAAUACUUGCCAUUCAAGCCUGCAUGUUACAGACCCUCGUUGUAGUCCUUGCAGACCUCUAAAUAAUCUAAAAUGCCUUAAGUAUAAUUCAUAUCUGAAGUGCAAUGCUUUUGAGAGAGGUCAAAAAUUGUGUCUGAUGAAAUAGCUUUACCUCGUCGUCUACAUUUUGAAAAGCUUACUUAUCUGAGUACCUUUAGGAGGGAGAUAAUCAUCUCAGUCAGUAUGGGGCUCUUAGCCAGCAGCCUGUUAGCUUAGCAUUAAAACUGGAAAAAGAGGAAAAUGGUUAGCAGGAUCUGUCAUCGGGUAAAGGAAGCAGUUGACAUGUUUUGGGAAAAUUAUCAACUUAACCAACAAAAUGUAACAUAACGAUGAGCUUUAGAGUUACUGACAGAUGGAUAUCAUCAAUAAAUAAAGCAAAGCUAGCUGUCGCUUCCCUUCUUUCUGUCUUUAAACAAAUUAAAGCUAAUCAGCUAGUGGCUGUAGCCUCUGGAAUUUGUGUUUUUAUUUAACAUUCCUUUAAAAAAACGAAAAUAGCCUUUGUCAUAAAAUUGUAGUUUUAAUUUUUUUUAUGAGAAAAGGGAUGCUGUAAAAGUUUUGCCAUCAGAUUUCACUCCCUACAAAAGAGAAGUACCAUCCCCUUACUUUUAGUUUUAUCUCGAUUCCUCAGUGUUGUGUUUGUCAUUUCCCAAGUUACAUGUGUGCUGUAAUGUUCAUUUUAUACCUUCAGCUUUUCUUCAUACCAUCACUUACAGUCUUUUUGUCUGAGCUGGAGAAUGUUGCGCAGUAGAGUACUCCUUACUCACAAUCCUACAUUUAGACUCACAAAAGUGCUCAACCAUAGCAGUCCUCCUCUCCACAUAUUCACAUGAUUACUCUUGUUUAGAUGCAUAUUCACUGACAUUUUGUAAAACACAGAAUUGAGAUUCUCCUAGUUGCACACCUGAAGAAUGGAAAGUGACAUUUUAAUCAGUUCAAGGAAUAAAUACUUGUAUGUACUGUAAGUAAACUGUAUCUGGUGUUGCAGGAUAACAUUUUUAAUUAACUUUUCAUGGUAUUGUGUUUUUAAAUGGUUCAGUCUUUUCAUUGAAGCUGUUUAAUUCUGAUUUUCUGUUGUGUGGACUACGCACAGUUUUGUUCUCUCAGGGUACAUUCACAUCUCUGAAGGUCUGUUAAUGGAUCUAAAUGGUACCUUUAAAACUUUACAACAAAACUAUAUUUUGGGCAUUUGCGUUUACUGCUUUUGUGACUGUAAUGCAUUGAUAGGACCAUGUGACUGCUAAAUUGCCACUGAUUGUUGACAUGUACGGUUAAUUUUGGGAGUGUUAAUGAGCAGUUUGUGGCGCACAGUACCAAUAUAUUAUCUUUUAUUGCAAAGUUUGGGCAUGACCAAUGACUACAUACUUUUGUAUUGCUGUAAGAGGCAAAAUAAAAAUGAUUUUAAUACUAUGGGUAAAAAAUGUUCUAGUGGUGAAAGUACCAGAUUUUAACAGGAGUGUCCUCUUGAUUAUUUAACUGUAUUUAAAUAAUGUUUUAUCUGUUGUUCACUGCACAGUAAAAGAUAAAUGGAUA